CCGUCUCAACCAUCGCCAUGCGUCCCGGGACGCCGGGGCCACUGUGGCCACUGCCUUGGGGGGCCCUGGUUUGGGCUGUGGGCUUCAUGGGCUCCGUGAGCUCUGGGGACCCUGCGCCUGGUGGUGUCUGCUGGCUCCAGCAGGGCCGAGAGGCCACCUGCAGCCUGGUGCUUCGGACAGACGUGAGCCAGGAGGAAUGCUGUGCAUCCGCCAGCGUCGACAUCGCCUGGUCCAACUUCACCUACCCCGGGAACAAAAUCAGUCUGCUGGGUUUCCUGGGCCUUGUGCACUGCUUGCCCUGCAAAGAUUCAUGCGAGGGCGUGGAGUGUGGCCCGGGCAAGGCAUGCCGUAUGCUGGGGGGCCGCCCGCGAUGCGAGUGCGCCCCCGACUGCACGGGGCUCCCUGCGCGCCUUCAGGUCUGCGGUUCCGACGGCGCCACCUACCGUGACGAGUGCGAGCUGCGAGUCGCGCGUUGCCGAGGCCACCCAGACCUGCGCGUCAUGUACCUAGGCCGCUGCCGCAAGUCGUGUGCACACGUGGUGUGCCCGCGGCCGCAGUCGUGCGUGGUGGACCAGACGGGCAGCGCGCACUGCGUGGUGUGUCGCGCUGCACCUUGCCCAGUGCCCUCCAGCCCCGGCCAGGAACUCUGUGGCAACAACAACAUCACCUACAUCUCCUCGUGCCAUCUCCGCCAGGCCACCUGUUUCCUGGGCCGCUCCAUUGGCGUGCGGCAUCCAGGUACCUGCACAGGUGCCCCUGAGCUGUCCGAUGUCGAAUCAGAUGAGGAGAACUUCGUGUGA